ACCAUGGAUAACAGCAGCUAGUGUCAGAGUCCAUUCCAGUUCCAGAUUGGGGUCUCUUGAGUCAGUCAGACACUCAAAGAAAGGAUUGUUGCUGCCUCAGUGCUUGUUCUCCUCUCUCUUCCUAAACUUUCUCAAUGGCUUCUGCUGAAUCCAACCCCAAAACUUUUUCUCUGGAGCCCUACCAAGUUUCUGAAGACUUUGGCUUUCUCCUCAAGGAGCCUCUGCAAGAACUUCCACCUCAUUACAAACCAUGGAUGGAUAUCGCCCUCCACAUCCCAGAGCUUGUGGAAAGCCAUGAGCUGCGCUCUCAGAUCAACAAGAUGCCCAUGCUGAGCUGUGACUUUCUUCAAAAUGAAAAGGAGUUACGGCUGGCACACCUGGUUCUUAGCAUGAUGACCAUGGGUUAUGUUUGGCAGGAAGGAGAAAAAGACACAGUUGAGAAACUACCAUGCAACCUGGCUGUUCCAUUUUGGAAAGUGUCACAAAGCUUAGGACUUCCCCCAAUUCUCACCCACGCAGAUGGCGUACUGGCAAAUUGGAGCAAGAAAGAUCCAGAGGGGCCUUUCAGCAUAGAAAACUUGGAGUUGUUAAUCAGCCUGCCCGGUGGAGACAGUGUCAGAGGUUUCUUCUUGGUCACUCUGCUGGUGGAAGUGGCAGCAGUUCCUGCAAUUAAGAACAUUCCUGUUGUCAUUAAUGGUGUCAGGUGUGGUGACACCAAUGCUGUGGCCAGAGCCUUGGAGAACAUCAGCCAAGCUAUACAGGAUAUGACUGAUGCACUCAAACUGAUGCAUGUGUAUGUGGAGCCUUCGGUCUUCUAUGGCAUCAUAAGAAUCUUCCUGUCUGGGUGGAAAGACAACCCUUCCAUGCCAAAGGGGUUAAUAUAUGAAGGGGUUCAGAAAGAGCCAAUGGAAUAUUCUGGAGGAAGUGCAGCACAAAGCAGUCUGCUGCACUGCUUUGAUGAGCUUCUUGGCAUCAAACAUGAAGAAAGUAGCAGUUCCUUUCUAAACCGCAUGAGAGACUACAUGCCACCUGCACAUAAGCAAUUGAUUCAGGACAUCUCUCAUCAACCAUCCUUAAAGAGUUUUGUCCAGCAGCACAACUGUGAGCCUCUUAAGCAGGCCUAUCAUCUCUGCGUAUCAAAGCUGUUGGCUUUACGCAACUACCACAUCACUGUUGUGAGUCGAUUCAUCACUGUACCUGCUGCACGCACCCGGCAACUACGAAAGCAGAGCCAAGACCUGGAAGACGAAACAAUCGCCAAAGCCCCCAUUGCACUUGAGGAGAGGGGAACCGGUGGCUCCGGCAUCAUGAACUUCCUAAAAACAGUGAGGGACCACACUAAAGAUGCGUUUAUCCCUGAGACAAGUUGAGAUGUAGCACUGCCAAGGAGAGGGAAACUGGAAUCACAAAGGGCAGUAAGUCCUUGACAACAAAUCAAAUUGGAUAUUGUAAUGAUUAACAAAAUGACUGAUUGCUUGUCCUACAUGGAGUUUAAACAAAUAUGAUCAAGUCUUUCAUCGAAAUGCAAGCCAAGCCAGCCCUACUGUCUUCCAAAGGACUCAAUUUCUUAUUUAAUGUAAAAUAAAUGAAAUAAACAAAAAUGUUUCAGG